AUGAGCGAGCGCUGGGACGUGGGCCGGGCGCUGGCGCUGGCCGCGCUGUUCCGGGGGCUGCAGGGCGCGGGCCGCGGCUGCGCCGAGCCCUUCCUGCCGCUCUACCUGCGGCUGCUCGGGCUGCCCGCGCCGCUGGUGGGGGCCGCGGCCGGGGCGCGGCUGCUGGCGGCGCUGGCCGUGCCGCUGUGCUGCCCGCGGGGCCGCGCCGGGCGGCCCCUGCUGCUGCUGGGCACGGCGCUGGGCUCGGCCGGGGCCAGCCUGGCGCUCACCCUCAUCCCGCCCGCGGGGGACACGGCGCACACGGGCUGCAGCCUGCAGCUCGGCCUGCCCGGCUCCCUGCCCGCCCCGCUGCCCUCCGGGCUCCCCUCCGCUCUGCCCAGCCCGGUGCCCAGCCCGGUGCCCACCGCAGUGCCCAGCCCCGGCAGGAGCAGUGACAGCGCGCUGAACCCGAGCGCUGUGCCGCACACCAGAGCUGUGCCAGGGCGAGCCGGGACCAGGGCUGCUGACGUGGUGGCAGCGAGCAGGGAACCCGCUCUGGGCAGUUCAGCCUCCCAGGGGCUGUUGGGCACAGCAGGUGCGCUUCAGGAACGCGGCAGAGGGGCUGGGGAAGGUGAUCCAAAGGGAAAAGGCUCCUCGGAUGGUCGCUCUGGCCGGACGGUGAAAGGCAUCGAUCCGCAGACACCGGAACCAGGAGGGCCGGCGUCCUACAGCCCUCCCUUCCCUGGGCUCCAGGAGGAAACUCCGGGUUCUACUGAUACCGAUCCUGCUGAUAAUGCUGAGGAAAGCCUAAAUGCCACUGAGGGUAAAGAGCCAGCUUUGUUUAAAACAGCUCCUCCCGCCGUUGGAGAUACCCAUGUGCCUGAAAACCUUUCAGACUCUGGAGAUGCCAGCUUGGAGGCAGUGCAGAGCAUCUCCCAGGACAGACAGUACCGGGUUUUUCUCAUGGUCCUGGGCGCCGUGGUGCUUUGGGAGCUGCUGGCCACGUCCCUGGAACGGGCCAUGGAUGAGAGUGUGUAUGAGUACCUGGACUUUGUGGACGCCACGGACAGGCACGGGGGGCUGUGGCCGUGGGGCUGUGUGGGUGCAGCCGCCGGGGCGUGCGGCGUGUCCGUGCUGGUGGAUCGGCUGCCCUGCUCCCUGGGCGGCUCCAUCCCCCGCCUGGCCGUGCACUUCUACGCCUACGCUGUGCUGGCCGUGCUCUCCGUGACGGUCAGCAUCUCCUUUCCCAGCUCCAUUCCCAGGCGGAGCCCCCGCGCUCCCGGGCUGCCUAAGGCGCUGUCCCUGCUGCGGGGGCACGGCCGGGCGCUACUCUUUGCGGGCACCCUGGUCCUCGUGGGCGCCGCCAGCUCUGCCAGCCACAACUUCCUCCCGUGGCAGCUGCAGGACCAGGGCGGCAGCGAGCUGCUCGUGGGGCUCUGGGUGGCGCUGGGGCCGCUGGCAGAGCUGGCGCUUCACCCGCUGGGGCCGCGGCUGCUGCGGGCGCUGCCGGGCGGCGGGGCAGAGGCGCUGGGCCUGGGCGCGCUGGCAGCGCAGCUCCUGAGCUAUUCCCUGCUCCGGGUGCCCUGGGCAGCGCUGCCCCUGCAGGCCCUGUCCGGCCUCGGCAGCGGGGCCCUGCGGUGCCACACGCAGGCGACAGUGCGGGACGUGGCCACGCCGGGCACCGAGCGCGCCCUGCUCGCCCUGCUGCGGGCGCUGGGCACGGCUGGGGCCGGCCUGGGCAGCCUCGGGGCAGGGUUUGUGGUGCAGCGCCUCGGGCUGCCCGUGCUGCUCCGGGCCAGCUGCGUGGGGCUCGGGAUCUGGAUCAUCUUCUCCCUAAUUGUCAGAUCCAGAUUGCCCCGGCAGAGGAAAAUUAAUUAUUCCCGGCUGCUGGCUGCGGAUUCCAGUGAAAUGAGUGACUCUGAGGAGGAGAGCGAGAAGGACUGGCUGGUAAAGGCGAUGAAGGAUGAGAGCUUUAACAGGAAUUGGAUACAGCAGCAUGGCAUCAACUAG